GAAGUUAAAAACAGUCCCUUUAAUGUUGUAACUGGCCCAGGGUAGUUUAUACUAUAACAAUGCAUCAUUAUUAUUAUAAACAGGUCAUUUGAUGUAAAAUCUUAAUCUGAAAAUACAUUUAUUUAAAAUAAAGAAUAAAAAGUACAAUUCUUCCCUCUGAAAUGUAGUGAAGUACAAAUAUGAGUUGUAUAAAAUAGAAAUAGCCUGCUCAAGUACAAGUACCUCAAGAUUAUAUUCAAGCACAGUACUUGAGUAAAUGUACUUCCAGCACAGAAUUGUACUUCCAGCACAGAUGUGUACUUGUUGUGGAGGCUGCCUGGUGCUCGGUGUGGUCCUCCUCUCCAGCAGAUGUCGCUUUCUCUCCGGAUGAGCUGCCUGUUAAAUGAGAGAAAGUGAAGCGUGAGAUGGAUAUUCAUAGUGGGGUGAAGUUGUCAGAGUUUCUCUUGAAGAGAGAAUAACGGGUCUGAAACCAGCAGGCAACAUCUCCCCGAGCUGUACAUCAUCCCAUUAGGAGAGGAAGGAGCGUGGACCUUACAAUAACCUUCCACUGAUGAUGACAGCAGCUCGUUGCACCAGAAAACACCGUUUGUUCUUCUACAACGAUGCGUGAUUUUAAGAUGCCGAGUUUGGAGUUUGUGCGUAAAAGUGCGCGCUUCUCCGUUGCGCACCGCGCUCGCUUCCCGUACUAUCCUCAUCUUCAUCUUCAUCGGAUCUAGAGCUGAGCAGCAGCAGCAGCUGAGCAGCAGUUGAGCAGUCAAACAUCUGAACAUGGCUGAGCUGCAUGCCGCCCGGAGGAGCUCCUCCUGUCCUCCUCUGACCGGGUUAAUGUGCGUGUUGUUGCUCGUAUUCGCCUCGGUCGCCUCCGCGAGUCGUGAUGUGGUUUCUGGAGACAACGAGACGUGGAGGAAUCCAGCCGGAGAGACACGAGAGGACUCCCAUCAUCAAACUAACUCCACUGGUCACAAAAAGGCUUUCCCCGUCCUCGCCUUCAACUACGACCACGUCAGUAAACCCUUCAGGAUCUCUCUGUGGAUCCUCCUGGCUCUGCUCAUGAAACUUGGUUUCCACAUCAUUCCCAGAGUGUCGAACGUCGUCCCAGAGAGUUGCCUGCUGAUCGGCGUCGGUCUGCUGGUGGGCGUCAUCAUCAGAGCCUUCGGAGAGCAAACCCCCGUCCCCGUCCUCAACACCGAGCUCUUCUUCUUCUACCUACUGCCUCCCAUCAUCCUCGAUGCCGGCUACUUCCUGCCCAUCCGGGCUUUCACAGAGAACAUGGGCACCAUCCUGGUGUUCGCGGUGGUGGGGACUCUGUGGAACUGCUUCUUCAUCGGCGGGAUGAUCUACGGCGUUUGUCAGAUCGGAGGACCCCAGCUGGCCAGGGUGGACCUGCUGUCCAGCCUGCUGUUCGGCACCAUCGUCUCGGCCGUGGACCCCGUGGCCGUCCUGGCCGUGUUCGAGGAGAUCCACAUCAACGAGCUGCUGCACAUCCUCGUGUUCGGGGAGUCGCUGCUCAACGACGCCGUCACUGUGGUUCUGUAUCACCUGUUCAAGGAGUUUUCUCACGCAGGAACCGUGACCGUGGCCGACGCCUUCCUCGGUGUCGUCUGUUUCUUCGUGGUCUCGCUGGGAGGCAUCCUGGUGGGAGCCAUCUACGGCUUCCUGGGUGCCUUCACCUCCCGCUUCACCUCGCACACAAGAGUCAUCGAGCCCCUGUUUGUUUUCCUCUACAGCUACAUGGCGUACCUGUCUGCCGAGGUCUUCCACUUGUCGGGCAUCAUGUCGUUGAUAUCGUGUGGCGUGAUAAUGCGGCCGUACGUGGAGGCCAACAUCUCCCACAAGUCGUACACCACCAUCAAAUAUUUCCUGAAGAUGUGGAGCAGCGUGAGCGAGACGCUCAUCUUCAUCUUCCUCGGCGUUUCCACGGUGGCCGGUCCUCACGCCUGGAACUGGACCUUCGUCAUUGUCACCGUGGUCCUCUGUCUGGUGUCGAGAGUGCUGGGAGUCAUUGGCCUCACGUACAUCAUCAAUAAAUUCCGUAUUGUGAAAUUGACCAAAAAGGACCAGUUCAUCGUGGCCUACGGUGGCCUGCGAGGUGCCAUCGCCUUCUCACUGGGGUUCUUGCUGACCGACAACGAGAUGAAGAACAUGUUCCUCACCGCCAUCAUCACAGUCAUCUUCUUCACUGUCAUUGUGCAGGGAAUGACAAUCAGGCCUCUGGUGGAGCUUCUGGCCGUGAAGAAGAAGAAAGAGAGCAAAGGGUCCAUUAAUGAGGAGAUUCACACACAGUUCCUGGAUCAUCUCCUCACAGGAAUUGAAGACAUCUGUGGUCAUUAUGGACAUCAUCACUGGAAAGACAAGCUGAACCGCUUCAAUAAGACCUACGUGAAGAAGUGGCUGAUCGCAGGCGACCGCUCCAGCGAGCCUCAGCUCAUCUCCUUCUACAACAAGAUGGAGAUGAAACAGGCCAUGAUGCUGGUGGAGAGCGGGAACGCCGCCAAGAUGCCCUCGAUUGUGUCCUCCGUCUCCAUGCAAAACAUUCAGCCGAGAGGGCCGGCCAGAGGACGGGCAAUCCCGAGCAUCUCCAAAAGUCGUGAGCAAGAGAUCAGAAAGAUUCUGCGAGGCAACCUGCAGAAGACCAGACAGAGGCUCCGUUCUUACAGCAGACACGACCUGAUGAUCGACCCGUUUGAGGACAACGUGAGUGAAGUUCGCUUCAGGAAGCAGCGGGUGGAGAUGGAGAGGAGGAUGAGUCACUACCUCACAGUUCCUGCAAACCGCCAGGAAACAACGCCAGUGAGAAAAGUCUGCUUUGAAUCAGAACACCAGGUUUACACUUACGAUGACAGCGAGAGCCCCCGAGGCCAGCCGGCUCAGCCAGAUCCCAGCCCUCCUGAUGCCGUCAGCCUGUUGAACGAGUCCCCCCAGAGGCCCAAUCAGAGCAGCGAGCAGAGAGCCACGGGGCCGCCGGACGAGCAGGAGGAGCAGGACCAACCGAAAGUAUCACGCUGUCUUAGUGACCCCGGUCCAAACAAUGAAGACGACCUCUCAUGAUGAAGCACAUAUUUAUAGUUGUUGAAAUGGAGGAUGGAUUCUCCUCAUGUCAUCUGUUGUAUCCAGUGAGUGGAGAUCCCUGAGUGAAUGGGAGCCGUAGCAAAGCUUGAUAUUUAUGAAGUAUUUUGUCUUUUCCGUAUUCUGUUUUUGUGAUAUGCAAAUUGUUUUUUUUUUUAAUAAGGAUUUUUUUUAAUCAUGUAAUAUAUUACCAAAGCAUGCACCAUUUGCUAUUUCAGGAUUUUAUUACAGCCUGAAGUGAGCAGCAUUUUGUGUCUUAACAAGCAGACUUGCAUCAAAUAGUA